AUGGGAGUACACAGCUUACCCUCGCCUCCAGCGGAGGAGAGUAAGUCGGGGGCUUCUAGAAAAAACACCUCUGGUUCAAAGUCUGGGAAGUCUACAAGUCGUGUUUCCAAGCGGGCUAGUGCUAGCGCCGCUGCUGUUCACCACCACGACCACGUCGCUCAUGCAGCUGGCAUGGACGGUCGACAUAAGCGAGUAUGGAAGGCUUGCGAAAGAUGUAGAAUGAAGAAGACAAAGUGUGAUGGCGAGUUCCCUUGCAAGAGAUGUAAGGACGACGGCCUUGUUUGCACUGCCGGUGUGCGAAAGAAGGUAGAAUACAAGCAGCUGCCGCGAGGAUAUGCUGAAGUCCUUGAAAACACCCAAUUCGCUCUCAUCGCUACUGUUCACAAGCUGUACAACAUGGUCCGCAACGGACAAUCUUGGGAGCUUGGUGAGCCCGACCUCAACGACCGUGGCCUCCCAGUCAUCCACGACAUCGCCCAAAAGCUCGGUUGCAUCCGACCCAACAGCGACAUUGACCUCCCCGUCCACUCAGUCUUCCCCGAGGAUGAAGCCGGCAUGACGGAGCUCGCCCACCAGCUAGAAGAGCAGCAGAGCAAGGAUGGCGACAGCCAACGGGACAGCAAAGACACCGAUUCCUCCAACUACCAACGAAACGAGCGGGCUUCAUCCUCUGAAUUCGACCCGUCCGACUUUGAAGACUACCGCAAACGCGCCUUCGGCCCCAGCAGCAACGGCAUGACUCUAUCACCGAGCUUCUCCUCCAGCACCGAAUUUGAUUUCAGUCCUACCGUUACCGAGAUGGACCCCAAUGUCAUGUUUGCUUCUCACACGCAGUCAAUGCCUAACUUCUCUACGUGGUCAAUGCCCAAGUCUCAGACAAGCGGACUGGCGAUGCACUUUUUGCAGAAUGCCGAAGCCCUGCAAGGUAUGAGCCUCAUGGGUCAGAACAUGGUUGAAUCGGAAUUCGCCAUCAAGCCGGAUAUCCUGUCGUGUCCCAAUCCAGAUGUCAUGAUGGGCAUGAGCGACCCCAUGAUUUACGGCGGCUUUGACAGCGAGUCGAUGAGACUCUAG